UUGGUGAGGUGAAGGCUAGUAGCCCUUUAAUGAAGACAUUGAAGCAGAGUCGUUUACCAUUUUCCCUCUUGGAUUCCAAGACCCCACAGAAGAUAAAAAACUCUCCCAACCAAAAAAAACGUAGGUUAUCAGAUUCAUGUAUUCCAAUGAAGUUCCCCAAAACUCCUCGUAAUGAAAACAGGCAAGUAGCCCUUUCGUCUGUUAACAGUCGUAAGGUCCCCAAGUCAGGCAAGAAGCUUAUUAAAGGGAAAACUACCAAUGAAAAAGAAGAUAAUACCAAAAAGAACAGGAAAAGGGGUCGAAUCACUUUAAAAGAAAAAGGGUCAACUCACCAUGGGCAUAAUAAUAAAUUAGACAAAUUGAGUUGUCAAAUGACAUCAGAUGAGGAAGUAAGUUCCAGUGUGGAUGAUGAAGUGGAAGUACCCAGAGCUAAAAAGAAGCCACUUGAGAAGGCCCAAACAUUGCUUUCUGCUUUUGUUGGAAAGGAGCCCACUCAGCAAGCAGAGAUAUCCACUUCUACUGAGGACCCCUUGGAUGAGGAAGAUUUAGAAACUGAAGAAAUGAUGAAGAGUGAGGCUGAGAUGUGUGUGGAGCUGAAAGGCAAACCUGGAAGCACUGCAUUAUAUGAAAGUGAGGAGAUUGAAAUUAAUGACAGAAAAGAAGGGCAAGACAAGUUAAAUAAAAAUGCUGAUCAUGAUAGUGAUGGUACUAAAGAAGACAUUUUCAUUGUGAAUAAUGUAAAUAAAGCAACUAAAGAUGAUAAUGAAGAUAAGAGCUUGGAAAAAGUAACUGGAGAGAUAGAUAGUAGUAAAAAAAAGUUAGUCUCCAGAACUGAUACAAAAAAGCUUAUCAGAGAUAGGAAAAAAAAGAUUGUAUUGAAACCUGGAAAGAAAGAUGCAAUUGUAGGAAGAGGGAAUAAGAGAAAAAUUCAACUGAAAAAGGUAAAAACAGAUGGAAUGCACUUAGAUUCUUUUGAAAAGCAGUUAAAGAAAAGUGAAGAUGAUAAUUUGAAUGAUGUUAGAAAUGAGAAAGAAAUGAAAGAAACAGAAAAUGAGGAUAUUGGGAAAUCAGAAGUAAAAGAAAAACAGGAAGAAAGAGUGGAAAAAGAGAUACCUGACGAUGAGAGCAAAAACCUAAAUGAAGGUGAAAAGUUUGUUCCAAAAUUGAGUAAAGAAAAGAACGAAAAGACUGAUAGAGAAUGUAAGAAACUCGAAGUGAGGAAAGGUGAGCAGAACGAGAUGGAAAAUGAGAAACCAGAAAGAAAGCAAGAUCAGGAUGAGGUGAAAGAGGAAGAACAAAAAAUUAAGAAAGGGGGGGAUGUGAUGGAGUCUGAGACUGAUAAAUAUAAAAUGCAGAAAGAGGUACAGCAUGAAGAUAUAGUGGGAAAAGAAGGAAAGCAGGAAGAGACUGAUGUGGAAAAUGUAAUAAAGACUAAGGGUGAGGAGGAGGAUGUGAAGAAAGAAGAGCCAAAAGUGAAUGAGGUUGAAAAAGAGGAACCUAAAGUUGAACUGGGGAAAAGUGCAGACAGCAUGCUAAAAGAGGGUAAGCAUGAAGACAAGCAACAAGAGGAAGAUGAAAGCAAAGGGGAAAAAGAUCAAAUAAAACUGAAUGCAGAGCAGAAUAGGAAUAAGAAAGAAAGUAACGAAUCUGUGGGUAAUGUCAAACAAGACAGGGAAGAGGCAGCAAGUCUAGACACUGUGGUAAAGAUAGGAAAAGUGGGAGAUACGAUGGAAUCUGAGGAGUUCAGGAUAAGGGAAAAGAAACAAAUGGAGGAUGUAGACUGUGAAAUGGAAGAGCUUGAAAAAGAAAGUGAGAAGAUAGAAGACAUGAAGGAAGAAGUGGUAAAGGCUGUAGAAGAGGAAGUAAACACAAAAUUAAAGAUUCAAGAGGGUGUAAGGAAAGAAGGCACUGAUAUUGAUGAAACAAGCUGUGAAGUUGAUGAAAAUAAGAUUGGAGAAGUGAAAGAAAAUCAUAUGAAAAAAAAUGAGAAAACUGAGGCUGAAAGAAGAAAAAGUGAUAACAUGGAAAAAAAAUUAUCAAAAAUACACAAAUUUGAGAACACUAAAAGUGGAAAAGUUACAAGAAUGCCACUUAAAAAAGAUCAAACAAAAAAGAUAACUAGUUAUUUAAGCAUGAUGAAAUGUCCAACAAAAGACCCAACAGGGAAAAGUAAUUCUCAAGGUGAAAAUAAGGAAAAAGUUGAAAUAAAGGAAGAUGAUUUGAUGAAUGAGGAGGAAGAAAAGGCCAAUCAAAAAUGCAUGAAUGAAUCAGUUGAUGAGACAAAUGAAAAGGGAAAUGACUCGGAUAUGGAUUCCAGUGAAAAUGUAGACGCUACUGGGAAAGUAUCCGAUUCUAGUGUCGACUGUGAUUCAGGUGUGUUAGGCCCAUCUGCAGAACAUCUGAUCUCCAAGCCUAAGCUUAAAAUUGGUAAACUAAAGAAGUUAACUCCAAAGCAAAGAGAGAGAGAAGCAGAGAGACGGUUAAAAACGGAAGAGAGAGAAAGGAAAAAACAGGAAAGAGAGAAAAAGAAACAGGAGGAAAUAGCUGAAAAGGAAAGAAUAAGAAAAGAAAAGGAAGAAGAAAGACAGAAGCAAAAGGAAGAAAAAGAAAGAAUGAAAGAUAAUGCCAAGCGGCAGAAAAAAGAAGAACAGCAACGCAAGGAUGAAGAGAAAAAGCAAAAAGAUGAAGCAAAGAAGCAGGCAGAAGAGGAAAAACAAAAACAAAACGCUAAGUUGAAGAACAAAUUUGCCAGUUUCUUUGUUGCUAAGAAGCGCGAUGUUGGUGAACCAGAUGAAGAGAGUGAGAAUGGACUUUUCAAACAGUUUCGAGUGAAAGAGGAUAUGCGGCUGGCUCAGGUCAACAGAAAGCAUCUUUCUGAAGAAGAUAAAUUAACUUUAGAUCAUUUUCUGUAUGAUAACCAAAGAGGUUCAUGCAAGACAUUUUUAGAAAUCCUGAAAUCAGAAGAUUAUGUAGCUGGAAAGUCUGAAAAAACCUGGCCCCCUGAAGAUAAAAAAGAAGUGGAUGAUGAUGUUGAGAUCAUAGGUAAGUGGGCAGAUAAGUUUUCAUGCAUGGUAUAUCUGGUAAAACUGGUGAGACAUGCAUCUUUGACAAUCCCAAAGAAUGCUGCACCCACAUGA